UUGAUGUUCUAGCAUUUUUCAGUAUUUUCCAAGCAAGGAAACUUUAAAAAAAAUAUUUUAAUAAAAUAUAAUAAUGCUUAUGUAAUGCAAAAAUCUAUAGAAGAAUUAGAACUUGCUAUUGAGAAAAUAUUAUACUAGCUUCCUCAAUAGACCGUCGAAAAUGGCUAGUUCCGUCAUACUAGCGGGUCUUGGGAUGGCUGCAGUCGGCUUUGCAGGUCGUUAUAUUCUUAGGCAGAUACCAAAUGCGUCGUCGAAAUUUGCCGAAGCAAUGAAAAAUUUACCCAAAUUUGAUUCAGAGUCCUUGGCGAAUUCAAAAUAUUAUAAGGGAGGUUUUGAGCCUAAGAUGACGAAAAGAGAAGCGGCUCUGAUUUUGGGUGUUAGUCCAACAGCCAAUAAAACUAAGAUUCGCGAAGCUCACAGAAGAAUUAUGUUAUUGAAUCACCCAGACAAAGGAGGAUCUCCACUCAUUGCAGCAAAAAUUAAUGAGGCAAAAGAUAUGCUUGAAAGUGGAAAAUCAUGAGCUUAACCAAAUAGUGCCAUUCUGAUAUUAAAGUCAUGCACAACUGAUGUUGCUACUAUAUAUAACAGUUUAGGGGCCCGUCACUAGAUCAAUUAUAGGACAAAACAUUGUUAGAAAUAAAGACAGUUCUCAACAA